AUGGCUGAAACAUUAAAAGUUGUCGUCGAAGGUCAAAAGGUCGUCAUAUUACUACCGAUUGAUGCACAUGAGGAGCUGCUUUGUCCUAUAUGCACUAGACGCGGUCGGUAUAUCGGAGCUCGUAAAAUAGAAAACUUAUAUAGGCAUUGUAAAGAGCAUCACGCCGAAAAAGAAAUCCAUUAUAGAUGCUGGAGAUGUGGAUACAUGGCGCCAGAGGGAAAGCGUUACCCCAGAAAAAUUGUUACACAGCACUGCAGUGAAUGCGUCCCUAAUCACGGGGUGAGCGCAAGGAGGACGGAGCGAGAGCGUAGGAAUAGAAUACGAAGAGACUUGGGUGUGACUAAUAACUCCUCACCCCAAUGCUUAUCUCCCCGUCAACCAUCAUCACCUCCUCGAGCUGUUGGUUCUGUGGAUCCUGGGAUAAAUAACCAGAGAAUCACAGGGACUCCCCCUGUAAUCACUGAUACAGAAUCUCCAAAUUCCGGGGAAACCAAUCAAAAUACAACUUCUCGCAGGCAGGCAGUGUCAAGGAAUAAUGUGACACCUGAAAGGGUUCCCCGAGUAUCGGAGCAGCCCCAGGAAUUGGAAGAGCCUGCUACUGAUGGGGUGAAUAGAGAAUCAAGUCCAAUAUUAAAUCUCUCUAAUGCCAAUGAGUUGAAUUCGCGGGUUCGGAGAAACGUGGUGCAUUCAAAUGAGAGCCUAGUGAAUAUGGACUCCUCUCGUAGGCCGCAAAAUCGUCGCUGUCCCACAGCAGAACAGAGUCGGUUUAUGGAAGAGAUUGACUCGGUGAGCAGCCCCGAAGAACUGGAAGAGGUUGCCCGUAGGACCAUGUCUUUCCUAGGUAGGCCCGUACAUACGGAACAUGAUGGCGGACGGCGAUUACAGCGGCAUCGAACAGACGCGCGAGCUGUAGAUCGAAUGAGUGAGGCUGCCCAUAUUCAAAGAAAAUAUCGGAAAAAUCGCAAAAAAACCGUGCAACAAGUGCUCAACGGGCCUGCUAGGUACUGCGAAAUUUCAAAAUCAUCUAUUGAGCAAUACUUUACAAAAAUGACCGCUCCGCGAAACGGAGAUCAAGUGUGGCCUGAUGUAUUCAAUCAGGAUGAUCCCACGAGUCAAAGCGAAUCGGAAUUGAUUAAAGUCUUCGAAAGGAAGGAAGUAAUAAGAAAAUUAAAAUAUAAAAUAUAA